CCUUGACAAACCAACACAUACAGGCUCAUCUCAGGCACACAAAACUGACAAAAGCGAUGGCUCUUCCAACUUGGUUUGUCAGAACUGUUGAAUUAGCAUUGGCUAUUUCAUUUGUCUUGGUAGUGUUAAAAAUUGUUUACAGCUUGUGGAUAUGGCCAAACAUGGUGUACAAGAAGCUGAGAAGGAAUGGCUUAAUUGGUCCUUCUCCAAGCUUUCCUCUUGGAAACAUCAAACACAUGGUAGCUGCGAAGAACAAGAGAGCUUCUGCACUAUCUUCUUGCACCACCGUAAGCCAUGACAUCUAUUCCAAAGUCGUCCCACACUUCGCCGAGUGGCAAGAAUCUCAUGGAAAAGUGUUUAUCUACUGGCUAGGAACCGAACCGUUUCUACGUAUUGCGGAUCCUGAGUUUCUGAAACAAAUGGCCUCGGCUGUUCUGGGAAAUAGCUGGGGCAAACCGGAUGUUUUCAGAAUCGACAGAAAAGCGAUGUUCGGAAAUGGCAUAGUUAUGCUGGAAGGCGACGAUUGGCUUCGACACCGGAAUGUUAUUACCCCUGCAUUCUCUCCGGCAAAUCUCAAGGCCAUGGGAAGCCUAAUGGUGGCCUCAACAAACGAAAUGCUGGACCGAUGGACCUCUAUUAUCAACUCGGGUAGCCAAGAAAUCGAGGUCGAAUCAGAGAUCAUAGCCACAACUGGGGAGAUUAUAGCCAAGACGAGCUUUGGAAUGGAUUACAACAACGGCAAAAAGGUGUUUCAUAAACUGAGGACCAUGCAGCAAGUUCUGUUCGCUUCCAACCGUUAUGUUGGAGUCCCAUUCAACAAUUUUUUCUGCUAUAAGGAAUACUGUGAAGCAAAGAGGCUUGGUGAUGAGAUCGAUGCCCUGUUUUUAACAAUCAUCAAGAACAAAAUUAAAUCAAGGGAAGCGGGUGCUCGGGUUGGCAUAACUAAUGCUCGUCAAGAGAAGAAUUUGCUGGACUUGAUGCUGGCUGAUAAAGAUUGUAGAAGGACUCUGACCACUGUAGAGCUGGUUGAUGAGUGCAAAACCUUCUUCUUCGCAGGCUUUGAAACGACAGCUUUAGCGUUAAUAUGGACCCUGAUGCUCUUGGCUAUGUAUCCGGAGUGGACAAAUCAACUUAGGGAAGAGAUCAAACAAGUAAUUGGAGAUCAAGUUGUCGAUGCCACCAAUAUUUUUGGACUGAAAAAGAUGGGAUGGGUGAUGAGUGAAGCAUUAAGAUUAUACCCGUCAGCAGUAAAUGCACAGAGGCAAGUCAGAGAGGACAUUCGAGUAGGUGAAGUUGUCAUCCCUAAAGGUACAAAUAUUUGGAUCGAUAUGUUGUCAAUGAACCAUGACCGCGGUCUUUGGGGUGACACUGUAAACGAAUUUAGGCCAGAGAGGUUUGAGGCUGAUUCUGUGCAUGGAGGCUGUCUCAGCAAGAUGGGGUAUGUGCCUUUUGGUAUCGGAGGAAGAAUGUGCAUUGGUAGAAACCUUGCAAUCAUGGAGUACAAGAUUGUGUUAACCUUGAUCUUGACAAGGUUUUCAUUUUCGCUAUCGCCUUAUUAUCAGCAUUCCCCUGUUCACAUGUUGUCUUUGAGGCCUUGCAAGGGGCUUCCCCUGGUGUUUCAACCGAUUAAUUAGUUAGGCAGACUAAAAGUUUCUGCAAGUCUGAACAUGUUUUUUUUUAUUUGUCUGAGCACCUGCAAGCCAGAGAACCUGAUGUCAUAAAAGAUCAGUACUUCAAUUCAGCGUUUUACUUA